GCUGCGGCGUGUGAGUUUCCCUUUGUUUAGAUUAAAUCUGGGAUGCUGAGUCCCCUUGCGCUUCUGUACCCGGCAUCUCAGGGGUCACACAGACCUUGAAAUCCCCGCAUCGCUCCCUCCACCCCGACUAAACUCAGACGUUCUAAUGAGAGUCUGGCGGUCGCUUCCCUGAGUGUUAAAAUCGCUCGGAGGCUGGUCCUGUCCCCGGUCUUUCACCACAGGGCCAUGUAGACAGCUCCUAUCGCGGAGUUUGCCUGCUUCAAAUCCUUCAGUGACCCCUGGACACGGCCCGCGCUGCGUGAAGUUCUCAUCCGCGAGAUGGAUGCACGUCUUUCCGGUCCCCCAAGCCUCGCCCUCUUUUCACAGGCCUGCCCCCUUUUCUGUGCCUUAAAUGAGAGGAAAUCGAUCUGAUGUUUACUGCUGAUUGUGAUGUUUCAGCCUCCAUUGGGCUUUUGCUAACACCUAAAUAAAUAUUUAGUGGACAAAAUUAGGUUAGUGCAAAAGUAAUGGCAAACCGCGAUCACUUUUGCACCAACCUAAUAUUUAUGGGCCGGGGCUGGAAUUCCAUCUUCUCCGGAGGCCCAGGCUGGAGAAUUCCUUGAGCACAGGAGUUUGAGACCACUCUGGACAACAUAGGACACUUGACAUUCAGGGAUGUGGCCAUAGAAUUCUCUCAGGAGGAGUGGAAAUGUCUGGACCCUGCUCAGAGGACUUUAUACAGGGAAGUGAUGGUGGAGAACUACAGGAACCUGGUCUUUCUGGGAAUCUGUCUUCCUGACCUGAGUGUUAUCUCCAUGUUGGAGCAAAGGAGAGAUCCCUGGAAUCUGCAGAGUGAAGUGAAAAUAGCAAACAAUCCAGGUGGCAGGGAGUGCAUCAAAGGUGUGAACACAGAGAGCAGCUCUAAAUUGGGAAGCAAUGCCAGAAACAAGUCUCUUAAAAAUCAACUUGGAUUAACCUUUCAGUUACAUCUGAGUGAACUGCAGCUAUUUCAAGCUGAAAGGAAUAUUUCUGGAUGUAAACAUGUCGAAAAACCUAUCAACAACAAUUCCUUAGUUUCACCACUUCAAAAAAUUUAUUCUAGUGUCAAAUCCCACAUUUUAAAUAAAUACAGAAAUGAUUUUGAUGAUUCUCCAUUUCUCCCACAAGAACAAAAAGCACAAAUAAGGGAAAAACCUUGUGAAUGUAAUGAGCAUGGCAAAGCCUUUAGAGUGUCUUCAAGCCUUGCUAACCAUCAAGUAAUCCACACUGCAGAUAACCCUUACAAAUGUAAUGAAUGUGACAAGGUCUUCAGUAACAGUUCAAACCUUGUACAACAUCAAAGAAUUCAUACUGGAGAGAAGCCUUACAAGUGUCAUGAAUGUGGCAAGCUCUUCAAUCGAAUUUCACUCCUUGCACGACAUCAGAGAAUCCAUACUGGAGAGAAACCUUACAAAUGUCAUGAGUGUGGCAAAGUCUUCACUCAAAAUUCUCACCUUGCAAAUCAUCACAGAAUCCACACUGGAGAGAAACCUUACAAAUGUAAUGAGUGUGGCAAGGUCUUCAAUAGAAAUGCACACCUUGCACGACAUCAGAAAAUUCAUAGUGGAGAGAAACCUUACAAAUGUAAGGAAUGUGGCAAAGCAUUUUCAGGGGGUUCAGGCCUUACUGCUCAUCUUGUAAUUCACACUGGAGAGAAACUUUACAAAUGUAAUAAAUGUGGCAAGGUCUUCAGUCGAAAUGCACACCUUACCAGACAUCGAAGAAUCCAUACUGGAGAGAAACCUUAUGAAUGUAAAGAAUGUGGCAAGGUCUUCAGGCACAAGUUUUGUCUAACCAAUCAUCAUAGAAUGCACACGGGAGAGCAACCUUACAAAUGUAAUGAAUGUGGCAAAGUCUUCAGUUACAAUUCACACCUUGCACAACAUCAGAGAAUACAUACUGGAGAGAAACCUUACAAAUGCAGUGACUGUGGCAAGGUAUUUAGUCGACUUCCGUGCCUUACACGACAUCAAAGAGUUCACACUGGAGAGAAACCUUACAAAUGUAAUGAAUGUGGCAAAGCAUUUAGAGACUGUUCAGGCCUUACUGCCCAUCUACUAAUUCACACUGGAGAGAAACCUUACAAAUGUAAAGAAUGUGCCAAGGUCUUCAGGCAUAGAUUAUCCCUAAGCAAUCAUCAGAGAUUUCAUACUGGAGAGAAACCUUACAGAUGUAAUGAAUGUGGCAAGGACUUCACUCGAAAUUCAAACCUUGCAAAUCAUCACAGAAUCCAUACUGGAGAGAAACCUUACAAAUGCAGUGAAUGUGACAAAGUCUUUAGUCACAAUUCACACCUUGCACAACAUAGGCAAAUUCAUACUGGAGAGAAGCCUUACAAAUGCAAUGAAUGUGGCAAGGUCUUCAGCCACAAGUUAUACCUAAAAAAACAUGAGAGAAUUCAUAAUGGGGAGAAACCAUACAGAUGUCAUGAAUGUGGUAAGGACUUCACUCGAAAUUCAAACCUGGUAAAUCAUCACAGAAUCCAUACUGGACAGAAACCGUACAGAUGAAAUGUGUGUGGUAAGAUCUUUAGUAAUAAUUCACACCUUGCACAGCAUGAGAGAAUUCAUUCAUGAGAGAGUUCUUACAAACUGAGUAUGGCAAACUCUUCAUGCUAAGUUCUAGCAUUAAUCAACAUCAGAGAUUCCAUACUAAAGAGAAAUCAUAGCAAUGUAUGUGAAUCAGGUCUCUUGAGGCCUGCCAAAUGACUAGAUAUCAAAACAUACAUCUUGGAUGAAACCAUACAGAUGGAUUAUGUAUGCUGAGGCUAUUAUUCAAGGACCAUUACUAUGGAACAUGAUAAGAUUUACACAAGCGAAUUCAGUCUCUAGUUCUCCAAUAUUUAUGAUACUGCAUGCUGCAGAAAAGUCACAGCUCCAAAUACGUUGAAUCUCAUGAUGUGAUGCAUGUCAAAGGUCCAAGGGCAUGUGGAAAUGGUCAGUUAUAUUUAGGCAAUUAAAAAACCUAAUUAUAUGGGGUUUUUUGAAAA